AUGCGAGAAGUAAAAGUGGGCGAUACUGUUUUCGACUUAGAUAGUGAUGCUCUACCAUUAGAAGGUUAUCAAGAGAUAAAACCAAAUGUUUAUUCUAAUUUAUAUCCUAGUGAUAGUUCUCAAUACAAAGAAUUCAAAAAAGCUUUAGAAGAAUUGCAAAUUCAAGACAGUAGUUUAAGUUUGGAAAGCAUUGAUUCUCAACUAUUAGGGCCUGGUUUCCGUUGCGGAUUUCUAGGUUUAUUACAUCGGGAAAUUAUUUGUGAAAGGGUUCAAAAAGAAUAUGAAUUAGAAAUUAUUGUUUCUCCUCCUAGUGUUACUUACCAAAUAGUGUAUGCUAAUGAUGAAAUUUUAGAAACUAAUAAUCCCCAAAAAAUACCUAGUAAAGACAAAGUAAAAAGUUUCAAGGAACUCUAUAUUUCCUUAGAUAUCACUACUCCUGAAGAAUAUUUAGGAGCAAUUUCUGAAUUAUGCCAAAUACAUCAAGAUUUUGCUUAUGAUCGAGCUAAAGUGAUCUGUGAACGCUUGAAAACGACGCUUAAUAAACAGAAUUUUUCGGUACCAAUCCAGGCUUGUAUUGGUAAACAAGUAAUUGCUCGGGAAACUUUACCAGCUUUGAAAAAGCAUGUCACUGGUAAUUUAUAUGGAGGUGAUCGAACUAGGAAAAUGAAGUUAUGGGCUAAGCAAAAAAAAGGCAAAAAGAUCGGUAUGACUCAAAUUAUUCAGAAAGAAGGAUAUGAAGCAUGUCAGUUGGCUUUUGGAGAUUGUCCUGAAAAAAAACUUAAUAAACCUUUAAAAGGUCAUUUGAAAGAUAUUUCUCCUAAGAGAAACGUGCGAGAAAUAAGAGAUAUGACUGGAUUUGAACAAGGUUCUUUAAUUGAUUUAGCUCUUUUUAAAGAAGGUGAGGAAGUUAAAAUUACUGGAAAUUCUAAGGGAAAAGGUACUGCGGGGGUAGUUAAAAGGUAUGGUUUCAAAAUUGGAAAUAUGUCCCAUGGUGGCGGCUAUCCUCAUCGGUUAAUCGGUUCUAUGGGCGGUGGUAGAGGUACUAAUCAAGGCAUCCCGAAAGGUAAAAAGAUGCCAGGUCGGAUGGGUAAUGAGAAAGUUACGCAAAAGUCUGUAAUAGAAAAAAUUGAUAAGGAAAAUCAAAUUAUUUUUGUUCGAGGAGCAGUUCCUGGAAUUUCUAGUUUACUAGCACUUUUUGGUCUACUGCUAGUUUUUUAUGGGAGAAAGUUUUUUUAUUCACAAACUACUUAUCAACAUAAAGAAGAUUCUGAAAAUGAAUACGAAAGUUUUUUGAGAGGAGAAUUAUUUUGUCCUCAUUGUGGGAGAAAAGUUAUUGAUGUCAUCUUAGAUUCUAGUAUUAAAUCUAAGAAAAAAAUUAAGAGAUAUUUUCAUUCUGAGGGUGAUUUGUUUUGCCCUAGAAUGACAGGUGACCCUCCUCCUGAGUUACCAGAUGAUCCUCCUAAUCCUUCUGAUAUUCCUAACCUACAAGAGGAAAAAGUUAAAAAAGAGGUUUUGGCGAAAAUAUUUUUGUCUGAAACUGAAAUUUUGUCGCUUCUUUCUUCAGUUCCUUAUCAAGGCGAUAGAUAUGUAAUUAAUAGUUUUGAAGAAAUUCAAGACCGCGACAAUGAAUUAAUCAAGCAAAAAGUAGUUAACAUUUUUACUUCUUUGCCAAGUUCAGAUCAGGAGUUCAAAAAAAAAUAUAAUCAAAUCGUUUCGGAAAAGAAAAUAUUUCGGUUGAUGUCGAUUAUUCCGCGAAAAACGGAUGGAAGUGUUGAUUGGAUAAAAUUUCAAAUUGAAUAUUUCAAAUCCACUACUCCUCAAACUGUUGAAGUAGUGGAAGAAUAUUUAAGAAAUAGAUAUAAUCCAAGUGUAGAAAAAUGA